AUAUUAUGGCUUAAACGUCAUUGAGUUAACAGUGUUUCUGAUGCAGAUGAUAGAUACAUGUGCUGAAGGCGAUGGUGAACGGAAUGACAUUAAUUUAAAACGGUUACUGCAGUAUUUUAAAAGCUAUGGAACAUUCUCUAAGUAUGCCAUAGAGAUGUUCACAAGCAUUGCACAAAGGGAUGUAUUGCUAUCUAAAGAAAUGGCUCACAGGUUAAGAUGGGGAAGAUUUGUUAAUUGGGUAGGUGGAAAAGGGAAAAAUAUCGAAUGUGAUGCAGCACAAGAAAUUUCCAAUCGGACCAGCAAAAAUGUAGUUAUGGGAAUGGGGGCUAACAAGACACCAGCAGCAAUCAUAAGAGCUUCAAAGUCUGCAGCUGGAGUUCAACAAAUUGUAUCAAGAUUUGACAAAAAUGCGAGUAUCCACAAGCAGUCACAAAGGCAUACCACACGUUCUUCAGAUGAAGAUGAGAAUAUUAUAAUCAAAGACUUGAGGAAGCUUCGGCCCUUUCGCAUUGUAGCUGAAAGAAGCCAUGCAAGUUUUAAGAACAUGGAAGUGAGUCCUCUCGUUGGACUUGACAUGCUCAGUUUUUUUAACUGGAUAGAGAAACAGAAAGAGAACAUUGUUAUGGGACAGAAGUAA